GAGUUGCGCCGAGCAAUGGCGCUCCUGCCAAUGGGGCCAGGCCGGACGGCGCCCCUGACAGCUACUUGAAGUCGUCCCUGCCUUCAUCCAAGCGGGGUCCGGAUCCACCCGCAGAUCCGGCCAACCCGCUCCCGGCACCGCCGCCGUUCUCCCCAUACGGUGCAUGCCCAUCAUCUGCAGAG